AUGGAAACCGCCGGUUGUACCGAGGAGGAGUUGAAGCGAACCUGGUGUAAAGGAUAUGCCAAAAAUAAAGGUAAAGGAGGAAAGAAUCGGCGACGUGGAAAGAACGAGAAUGAGUCUGAGAAGAGAGAGCUGGUGUUCAAGGAGGACGGACAGGAAUACGCUCAGGUGAUCAAGAUGCUGGGGAACGGCCGCCUGGAGGCCAUGUGCUUCGACGGCACCAAGCGGCUCUGCCACAUCAGAGGAAAGCUCCGGAAAAAGGUCUGGAUAAACACGUCUGACAUCAUCCGUGGGCUGAGGGAUUACCAGGACAACAAAGCCGACGUGAUCCUGAAGUACAACGCAGACGAGGCCCGGAGUCUGAAGGCUUACGGAGAACUUCCAGAACACGCUAAAAUCAACGAGACGGACACCUUCGGACCCGGAGACGACGACGAGAUCCAGUUCGACGACAUCGGCGACGAUGAUGAGGAUAUCGAUGAUGUAAGCUCAGCGUCUCAGAAAGUAGAAUUUAGUUUUAAGAAGCGGUUUAUUGUUCUGCUGCUGUUUAUCAUCUGA